CACCGCCCCGCGGGGCCGGCCCGCCCCGCCCGUGCGGCCGCGGGGCGCUGGGGGCGAGCGCGGCGCGCCGCCGAGGUGCCGGGCGGAGGCGGCGGGAGGCAGGUCUUGCACUCUGGACUUGUCAGUCUUGCAGGCUUCUGGGCAGAUCUCUUCUCAGCUAUGAGUAGAUCAAUAGGAUUUAACAUCUGCAUAGUCACCUGCAGCAUCCUGCUCUUGUCCUCCAGUCCAUCAUGCCUUGCGUCUCAGCCACUGGAGGAAGGGGACAUGACAAAGAUCCAGCAUGGCCCCUGGGCAAGGAGUGGUGUGCAAGAUGAAAGGACAAGCACACUGAAUGUGAAAAAUAACCCGGGCCCUUCUGAGCAGACUGUCUCUGAAAAGCCACUUGGAGUGUCAGCAAAGCCAUCUGGGAUGCCCUUAAAUGAAGCUUUCACUGGAGAAGGAGAAAUGCUGCCUGUAAGCCAGAGCCAUGUCAUCCCAGGCAGCCAGAGCGUGGCUGCUCACACCUCUGCUGCGGCAGUGGCUGCUGUGGGUGAGGAGCUUGGUCACACAGAGUCAGAGCUGGAUGAGGGUGAUGCAUCCAGGGCCAUGCUGACCACAGCUGUGACCACGCUGAACCCUGCUGUCCAGGAGGAGUCUGUCGGUGGUCUUGUUAGUGAGUCCACCACAGAGGGUGGUGUUGAAGUAAAGCACAGCUCUGCUGGCCUCUCAGCAACCCCCCUUUCUGGGACAGCUGAGGAGGAGGCACAGGGCAGCUCUCACCCCUCAACUGUGCCCCAGUCCAUGCUGUACCCCAACUCUCCCAGCUGGGAAACAGCUGGUAUCCACCCUGUCAUCCCAACUCCCCAGGCUCAUGACAUGACCUCUGAGGUGGGAAUGCCAAGAGCCCACACAGGGAGCCCUCUGAAGUUCCUGACUGUGCAAGCAUCUGUGGCUGCAAAACAGCCCCUCAUGGUGACUGAGGCCUCUCUCCACCUAGAAGCAGGGACAGGUGUCAGGCAAGGAGAGCUGCCCACCACAGCUGGCACUGUCACUAUCCACCCUGUGGACACUGUGCCGCCUGACUGGGAUGACACGAAACUGGGGGAUGUAAGUCAAGGGGGAAGCACAUCUCACGAGGAGGUGACAGAGGACCUGGGGGUGACAGAACCAUCCCAGACACUGCAGGGAGGUGUGAGGGAGGAAGAAGAUGCAACAAGAAUGCUGCCAUCCCCAGCAGCCCCUCCACCAACUCCUGAGCUUGCCAAGGAGACCAACUGCACAGUGCUGGUGCAAGGGGAGGUGCUGCCAGCAGCUUCCACAGACAGUAGUGAUGCUCUCCACACUGUGAACCUGACAGGCAUAGACAUGGCUGAUCUGGACUCACUGGAAAACAUAAAUGCAGUCACAGCAGAGGAGGGAAAAAGCAUCCUGUUGUCACAGCCAGAGGCUGCUGUGGUGACAAAUAAACAGUCCAAUCUCUCUCCUACUCUGGAAAGCUCAUGGAAAGGUGUUACUCAGGAGGUGACAACAGUUGCCCGGGAGGCUGAUGCUGCUCUGUCAGUUGUGACACUGGUGCCUGGUGCUACCCAGGGAGUGGGAGCUGCAAACUUUCCCCAGGAAAACAGUGGGGAGGACACCCAGAUGCUGACUGUUCCUAGUGCUGUCCAGAUGCUGGUGACAACUGGUACUUCCUCUAUGGCAAACACUCCAGAUAUAGAAGAUCUCACAGAAGUGGUCCUGGUCACCAGUGAGAAGGCUGUUCCAGCUCCUGGUGGAUUGUCUGCUACCCAGUCUGGACAGACAGAAGAGCCAUCCAGCAGAACUGCAGUCCUGGUAACUCCAGCAUCAAUGGCUUCUGUCAGGAGGACAGCUCUUCCAUCUGUGAGGAGGAUCAGUACAGCUGUGACCUAUGGGCUGGACCGCCUGGAGUCAGAAGAGGGGGAGGAGGAGGAAGAGGAUGAAGAGGAAGAGGAAGAAGAAGAGGAGGAAGAGGAAGAUGAGGAGGACAAAGACAUAGAUUUGAUGGAUGAAAGCGUGGAGGGUGACACCGAGCUGCCAGGUUUCACACUUCCAGGCGAGACCUCCCAGGAGCCCAUAGCUGGCCUGGAAAACCCUGUGGCCCAGCUGGCCGGGUUGUCCUACCAGGUUCCUGACACCAUUGAGUGGGAGCAGCAGAACCAGGGUCUGGUGAGAAGCUGGAUGGAGAAGCUGAAAGAUAAGGAAGGAGGCAUGUCUAGUACCAUCUAUGCUUAUAGCAGAGCACCUUGGCCUGGGAUUCAGCCAGAGCAAAUGCUGAAAGGACAGAGAAUGGUUUUCCCGACGAAGGCCGGAUACAUGUCAGGAAUGCUGGUUCCUGUAGGAGUUGGAAUAGCAGGAGCCCUCUUUAUCUUAGGAGCACUCUACAGCAUUAAGAUUAUGAAUCGCCGAAGGAGAAACGGCUCGAAGAGACAUAAAAGAAAGCAGAGGGAAUUUAACAGCAUGCAAGACCGAGUCAUGCUCUUAGCCGACAGCUCUGAAGAUGAAUUUUGAAUUGAACUGCAGUGCCGUUGUGAUAGCCUGUGACUUUUAAAAAGAGGGAGUGGGAGAAAAAGAACAAGCGACUUUCUGCUGCAUCGCUGCUCUCCGCCGCCCCAAGCCACUGAGCAGUGGUCAGUACCACCCCGGCGAAAUGGCAUGCUACGCUCUACGUGUAUCGCGCAGUGAUGUUUGUUUUGAAACAGUAGUGAGAUUUCACAUUCGCACCCGGCGCCUCCUUCAGAUCCACAGCGUGUCUUGUUACAGCUGGAGCUGAUCCGUAUGGAUGAUUAUUUUCCUAUUACCCUGGUGUACUGUUUUGGUCCUGGCUGGCAGUAAUCUAAUCAUAACAAUAGCUCUCACCUAACCCGGGAAUGGAAAUCUUUACUGUGAAUGACUUCUGUCCAAUUAAUUUUAAAUGUUACAUUACCUGAGCUAGAGUUCAUUAGUGCUAAGAUUAGCUGCUCUGCUUAAUUAAUGAGUUAUACACUUGAACUGUAUCCCUUGCCACCUGAAAAGUGCCCAUGUACAGUGUUGUUGAUACAGUUUGAAGCACAUUUCUGCACUCGGGUCCCCAACUCUCACCCCUUCUUUCUUCCUUCAGCUCUGCUCCAUGCUUCUUGGAGACACACAGGAAUGGCCUCAACACCUGAUUUACAACAAAAAUUCUAAUCCAUUUUCAACCAGCACUGUCUGUUACAGCACAAUAAAUACCAGCACUCACCUACUGAUGGAUAGCCUUGCAUGGAUCUCUUUAAGUUUUGUUCAGUGUGCAAGUAGGUAACAGAAGAGGCAGGUCAGAGGUUUCGUCAGCUUCUGCCUCCUGUUUGAAGGACACCAGUUACAGGUUCAUCUCUUUCACAAGGCUGCAUUCACAUAGAGGUGAAAGUGGAGCAUCUGUCUCCUUUACCCACUGGAAAUUGCAUUUUCAGCCCCUGAAAGCUGCAUGAACAGCAGCACCUUUGGGGGAUCUGGCUAGGUCUUGCCUCCAGACCAACGAAUGCAGAAAGGUACCAAAGGCUGUGGAGUGGGUGACUGUCACUGUUGAGGGAUUUGUGGUUAGUAGUCAGAAAGCAGCUGCAGCCACAGCUGGAGAGAUGUCUGCUAUGGGGAGGUGAAAUGGGACACUGGGAACCCUGGGCCAUGGGGGAAAAGGUGAAGCUGUGGGACAGAUGACUGCACAGAUUUGUGGAGGUGAAGCCCAAGGGUGGCACUGGGUGAGAGCAAGCUGCUGUGCUGCCUGGGCUGCUAGCACUGGGUUGCACAGGGAGACAGCCAGUGUCUGAGACGUUACAGGGACCAAGCAGGGGAAACUCAUGUUGCUUUGCUCAGAAAUGCUGUCAAAAUAGCUAGAAAAAGGGCUGCGUUGCUUUAUCUCUGCUUCCAGUUGUGAAAUUACUUCAAUCUGACAUUUAUGCAAAACAUCCACGUUUCAUAGGUGGGAAUCACUGUUCUGUGGGGAAUCAUCCUUCAUACAAGGAGCAGCAACUGCUGUCAGAGGAGACCUGGCUAGACAAAUAAGGCCAGACCACACAUCUACUGAGAUUAAAUCCCACUGAGUCUUUGAAGAAGUGGAGGAGAGGAGAGUUUGAGGAGGGGCAAAUGCAGGAUUUCAUUCCUUGUAAAGGUGAAAAGGCCUGUCAGGCUGUCAAGGGUGGAUAUCAGUGGUGCUAAGCACAUGUCUCACAGGCAUGUGAAUGGGUGUGGAAGGUAGAGAGGACAUUCAGAAUACCCUCUUGAAGCUGAGUUCUCUCUGGAGAGAGGCAGGGCCUCCUCUGGACAUUAAAUCAUCAAGCGUGAUGUUUAGCUCCAAACAAGCAGUGCUCUUCAGAGCCCAGGUACUUUCCUGUAGGCCUUAUCUACACAUCUACUGAGUCACCUGGAGAAGGACAGGCAGGACAACCUGGUUUCAGAAUGCUGCUACUAAUGCUAGUCUUCCAGAUGAAGAGCUGUGUGUGGUCCCUCACACGCUGAUCCUGCUGAGUGUGUGGGAAGCAGGCUGGGGGAGACACAGUAAAACCCAGUCCAUCAACAUGCUGGGGAAUCUUCAUACCCCAGUCCCUCUAGGACAGGCUUUCCCAGCCAGGGCUCCACAGUGCUUGCAGCUCUCCCUUUUUGUUCCUGAAACUUUGACCAGGAAAAUUUUUCCUUGCUAAAUGCAGCCCCACAUCUUUAACAGGCACUGUUAAGUCCAGGGGCCCCUACGCCAAAUAAAUGCCUCUUUCUUCCAUAAGUUAUUAGUCCAAGCUAAGAAGUUUUCCUUCCAGACUGGUCUCUCCAUAUUUCCUUCUCACUGCAAAGUCUCUUGGAGUUUGGAGAUGGUCAGGAGGUGUUAACAGUCCAGUUGAGUGUUGCUGGCUGUCUUGCUGGGGAAUCAGGAAACGUUGUCCCCAGGGCUCUUUGAUGAUUUGUUCCUGGCAAGGUGAGAUGGAAGUGUGAUGCAAGGUGGAAUGACUUCUCCUCCGUUCCAGUUUGCUGGAGACCAUCUCCAGAAAGGCUUGUCUUUCAGGUACAGCACCAGGCAGGCUGGAAACAAGACUGCAUAGGCAGCUGUGGGAUGUUCUUGAAGUGCUUUACCCUCAUCCAGCCAGGGAGGCAUGGAGAAUAAGCAGUGACAAAGGGCAUUGGCCUCUCUGCAAGAGGGUUUCUGUCUUGGAGAGCAGAAAGGAUGGUAGCUGGGGUGGUGGAGUCCUUCGCAUGCAACUGUAGCCUGAAAGAGAGACCCAAAAUAGCACUGGAAAAGAGGAGCAGCCAGCGAUACUGCAGAACAAGAGCAGAUGCACCAGCAAGACCCAGGCAGCUGGAGACCAGCAGGGGUUUGUGCAACAACAGCCCGUGAAGGACAGUCUCCUCUUGCUUUCCUGUUAGUGGUAGUGCCAUGCGGCAUGUGCUCACAGCACCAGCUGUGCUAGGUAGCCGGUAGAACACAGAGCUGCUGGGCCAGUCACACGGAGGAGGGAUGGCUGAGCUAGGCUGCUGCUCUGAGCGUCAGUAUCCCAGCUCCGGCAGCACAGGAGGAGCUUUAUGGAUGGGAUGUUGCUUUGAUGGAUUGGGAGGGCUGGUGAGGAGGUGCCGUGGCCUUUCAUUGUGCUAAUAAAUCCACAGUUUGGGAAACACUGACUUUCUACAGUGGCAAUCAGUUUUAUUGUAUCUCUUCUUCUCCCUCCCCAAAAUAAUGAACUUAAGAAAUUAAAGGCAAUGCUGCCAGUCAGAAUGACAAAGGUGGUGUUUUAGCGCAUCAGCUGAGUGCCCUGGUGUCCUCAAGAACCAGGCUUCACUCAGUGCAGGCACGGUAGGGGUUGCUGGGGUGCUGGAAAUGAGCGAUGCCACAAGUGGAGCUGACAAAUAGUUGCAAAUAUCAAAGCGGUUCUAUGGCAAGUAUGGUAGGAUAAGCUGGGCGAGCGGGAGAGUUGUAGCCAAAAGGGGUGUCCAGCUGCAUCCACAGUUCAGUGCUGGAGCCAGACUUACAGGCUAGAAGGGCUGCCCAAAAAUUUUGCUUGUGGUUCAUCUUCACUCCCAGGCCUGUCUCUGGCUCUGAACACCAUCAGCCAAGGUGUCUCGGUUGAGAGCUGCUCAUUGGCAGAAGGCAACUGUUGGCCAACUUUCUGAGCUGCUCAGCAGUGCAGAGGGAUCCCAAGCAAUGCCCAUUUGAAGUGGAGGUGUUUGUUGAAUAGUUGGUUUUGGUCAGGCACCUGCCCCAAAGCCUGGAGGCUCCUCGUAUCUUCAGCUUAGCUGUGCUUAACGUGGAGGCAAGAGAGAGUCAAAAGCAGCCUCGGGUCCCGGUGAAGCUUGGCAGAGCACAGACAGUGUUUUCUGCAAUGCUCCUCGUGUCAGUGCAGUUUCUGCAGGUCAUUAAAGCACAAACAUCAUUCAGCUCCUUCCCUUCUCAUCCAAGGCCAAUAGACUUUGGACUGGGCUCUACACAACUCCUGGAAUUUGACUCACAUCAGACUACAGGCAGGGAGGUGAGGAGGGUGUCAGGUGGGAGCUCUACUUCUUACUGCUCUACUGAUUUAAUCUAUAAUUCUGCAUUUCCAAACAUGCAGAUUCUUUUGAAAGAGACAGGACAAGAAAAACAGUCAAGAAGGGCCCUCCUCAUCCUCCCUGCUGGCUAAACUGCAAGCCCCUGAAUGUAGAGGUGCGUCAUGACACUGCUAACACAGCCUUGGCCCCAUGCAAAGGCAUGGCUGUGACAGUGACUUUGCUGCAGCAAUAAUCUCUCAACUCGACACAAGAUGAGUCACUCACCUCUGUUUUGGGUUUUCCUGAUAGCACAAGCCAGAAUUUAUUAUACACAUCGCACAACUGCUUUGGCAUCUACAGCCCCGUUUCCAACGGGAGGAACCAGCCUGCCUGAUGUGCAGCUCUUGCCCUGAUGAAAUGCACCUGCACCAUCCAGCUGCUGAUUUUUAAAGGUGUCUCUAAUGCCAGAUGUUUACCUAGCUGAGGUUCCUCUGGACUGCACUGCUUCCAUAGAGUGAUAUUAGCAGUCCUUGUGCUUUCUUGUGUUUUUCUAUUUCAGACAAGAACAACAACUCAUACUGUAGCUAUGGAAUGUAGCACUUUGUUAAAUUAAAACAUUGGGAAAUAAAAAGCUGUCCACCAUAUCUGACUUUAAGCGCCUUGUCUCCCUGAUCUGUGUUCAUGGCAUUCACUGUCUCAGGAAAAGCUGUGAAGUGCUUGUGUGGAAGACUUGGGUGUUGCGUUUCUUUCUCGGUGCUGCAUGGUCAGUGCAAGGACUCAGGCUGAUCUUGCAGGGGCAACGCAAGCCAUGGGGAGGCUCAGCCUGGGACUUUCUGGGUAAGAUUUACCUGGAGGUAGGUGUCGGCCAUAGGCUGUGAUGAGUAACACCCCAAAUUCCCUUGGCUGGGUUUCCAGUAGCUCUAAGGAGCCCCAGUGCUGAUACGCUUACACCAUUGGUGUUUGCAUAUGGCUAGGUGUCCUUGUGCAUACCAGGACAUUUGUCCUUUCUCUUUUGCCCUGUGAGCAAGGGCCUGUGCCAAAAUCUUUCAAGACCCCAGUAAUAUGGCACUGGUGAGCCUUGAGUUUCAGUUGUAGGUGCUGCAAAUGUUUCAUAAAAGAGCAGUCUUAUUGCAGGUGAAUAUUAUUGCACACACCUCGAUGGACCUGUGAUCGAGCAGGAGAGUCAGAAAGACGUGAGCGUGAGUAAGAGGUGUACAGGCUGGGUUUAUAAUUGCCUUUCCAGUCCUGUUUGCUGAUGUCCUUGAAUGCAUCGUGUUAUUGCAUGCAACUACAUGGGCUGGGUACGCAUCCUUCUGCUGUAUUGUGUAUAGGUGGAGGUCCCAGGGUGGGGAUGUGAGCCAGCAGGGCACAUGGCCAGCCUGCGGCGGUGGCUGCCGGCUCCUCUCCACUCUUCCUCUACUAAUAAAAGCCAGCAAGAACUAUUUGUCC